AUCUAAAUCGUGUCAAGGGAAAAGGAAAAGUACAACGGGACCUGGGGCUCCUUGUUCAUCAGUCAAUGAAAGUAAGCAUGCAGGUACAGCAGGCAUUGAAGAAAGUGAAUGGCAUUUUGGCCCUUUUAACAAGAGGUUGAGUAUAGGAGCAAAGAGGCCCUUCUGCAGCUCUAUAGGGCCCUAGUGAGACCACACCUGGAGUAUUAUGUGCAGUUUUGGUCCCUUAAUUUGUGGAAUGACAUUCUUGCUAUUGAGGGAGUGCAGCAUAGGUUUACAAGGUUAAUUCCUGGGAUGGCGGGACUGUCAUAUGCCAAGAGAAUGGAGUGGCUGGGCUUGUAUACUCCGGAGUUUAGAGGGAUGAGAGGAUAUCUUAUUGAAACAUAUGAGAUUAUUAUGGGUUUGGACACACUAGAGGCAGGAAACAUGUUCCCGAUGUUGGGGGAGUCCAGAACCAGGGGCCACAGUUUAAGAAUAAGGAGGAAGCCAUUUAGAACGGAGAUAAGGAAACACUUUUUCUCACAGAGAGUUGUGAGUGUGGAAUUCUCUGCCUCAGAGGGCAGUGGAGGCAGGUUCUCUGGAUACUUUCAAGAGAGAGCUUGAUAGGGCUCUUAAAGAUAGCGGAGUCAGGGGAUAUGGGGAGAAGGCAGUAACGGGGUACCAAUUAGGGAUGAUCAGCCAUGAUCACAUUGAAUGGUGGUGCUGGCUCGAAAGGCCAAAUGGCCUACUCCUGCACCUAUUGUCUAUUGUCUAUUGGAUGGGCAAGGUGUGAUUAGGGUUAGUCAGCAUGGUUUUGUAUGUGGGAGGUCGUGCCUCACAAAUCUGAUUGAUUUUUUUGGACGUCACCAAAAAGGUCGAUGAGGGCAGAGCUGUAGAUGUUGUGUACAUGGUAGGCUGCUCUGGAAAGUUAGAUCGCAUGGGAUCCAAGAAGAGAUAGCUGAAUGGAUAGCAAAUUGUCUCCAUGGAAGGAAGCAGAGUGUGAUGAUGGAAGGUUGCUUCUUGGACUGGAGGCAUGUGACUAAUGGUGUGCCUCGGGGUUGGUGCUGAGCUCAUUACGUUUUGUCAUCUGCAUCAAUGAUUUGGAUGAGAACAUACAGGACAAGAUUAGCAAGUUUGCUGAUGAUACAAAAGUGAGUAGUUUUGCAGAUUGUGAAGAUGGUAGUGAAAGAUUGCAGCAGGAUCUGGAUCGAUUAGCCAGGCAGGCAGAAGAAUGGUUGAUGGAAUUUAAUACAGCGAAGUGUGAGGUGUUGCAUUUUGGGAUGUCAAACAAGGGCAGGACCUACACAGUAAAUGGUUGGGGAGUGUUGUUGAGCAGAGGGUGUAUGGUUCCUUGAAGGUCGAGUCGCAGGUAGAUAAGGUGGUCAAAAAGGCUUUUGGCAUUUUAAAUGUUGGUGAGACCGCAUUUAGAAUAUUGUGUUCAAUUCUGGGCGCCAUGUUAUAGGAAAGAUAUUUUCAAGCUUGAAAGGGUUCAGAAAAGAUUUACAAGGAUGUUGCCAGAACUAGAGGGUGUGAGCUAUAGGGAUAGGAUGAGUACAAGAUACAAGAUACAAGAUACAUUUAAUUGGCUGGGUCUCUGUUCCAUGGAGCGCCAGAGAAUGAGGGAGGAUCUUAUAGAGGUGUACAAAAGUUUGGAGGGAUAUGGACCAAGCGCAGGCAAGUGGGACUAGUGCAGCUGGGACAUUGUUGGCCGGUGUGGGCAAGUUGGGCCAAAGGGCCUGUUUCCACACUGUAUGACUCUCUAUCUCAAAUAGACAUUUUUUUUAAACCCAUGAUAUUUUCAAUAAUUAUUCUUCAUGAAUUGGAUCCACAGCAAUCAAUCUUUCAGGACCAGAAAUAAUGUUGAGUAGUUUAGAAGAACUUUAAAAAAAGCCCUUCCUUUAAUGUAUUCUGCAUGGCAUAAAUUGUUUCCUUUUUCAUUGAGUGGUUGAAGAUGGUGUUUAAAAGAAACAAUUCCAUGUUAAUCACUUUUGCAAAGAUUGCAACAGCAGCACAGAACAGAGUAAUACUGAGAGUGACUCUGAAUUUCCAUGGUUAACUAUACUCCAGAAAUUCCUAUUGGAUCCCUCUAGUCUGUACCGGCGAAUGCUGAGAAUCACUAAUCACAAAUCUAAUUGUAAAUUCCAGAUCAUUGUUGUGUUUUUUUAUGUUUCAUUGCCUACCCGCUGGAAUUUUAAAUACAGUUACAUCUCCCUUGCACUGUGAGUGUUACUACUGGCAUUGGACCCAAGAUGUGAUUUUGGAAAUCCACCUUAUAUGGAUAUACCAUUCAAAUAAAAUGACAUCCAGUCAAAUCCUUUUAUCAUUGCCUGUCCUUAUAUCACGGUGAAACUUUGACCGUAUUUGGCUGGAAUCGCAUUUAUAGAUGCUUUCUUCACUAUUAUAAUCAGAAAUCCACUUCAUAAAUUUAAAGGGGUGUACGAUAAUUGCUCAGGGCUGUGGAGAAAAAGACGCCCUCUGUCAAUAGAUUAUGACCUAAAGCUCCUCCCUAUUUCUACCGAAAGCCAGUACAGUAAAUACGAUCCACUUCCUCAGCACCUAUUCCAGGGUUACUGGCAGACGCAGAGUAAUAGUUCAUAUGUGUUGGUUAAUCAUCUAACCCGGUCAUUUACAGAAGAGCAGGGAAACACCCAGAAUCUUCCAGCUCUUGGACACUCUGAUUGCUCACUGCUCUCAGAUCGUGUUCCAGACACUUUCCAGCCCUGCCCCAGCCUCCCUCGUCAGUCUAUAUAUCACACAGAGGGGAGCGGUGUCAAGAAUGGCUCAGUUCACCGUCCCGAGCUUUGCGAUGAAGGUUUCUCCCAACACCAAGGCCGACAGCGACUCUCUGCCGCCGGGUUGGGAGGUUAAGAUUGACCCACAGACCGGCUGGCCUUUCUUCGUCGACCACAACAACAGGACGACAACGUGGAGCGACCCGAGGCUGGAGCCACAGAAGGAAAGACAAAGUUUUUCCAAUGGCCCUCAUCCAUCAGGCUAUCCGCAACCAUCGCAGGAUCCCUCCAAAUCGUGGCACGGCAAGGAAUAUGUGUCUUCUGGGCCUCAGCUUCGUCCGGGUUACAUUCCCAUCCCAGUGAUCCACGAGGGUAUACCCGAACAUUAUUUACAGAAAGUGCACUACGCACCUCAGCAGCCUGACCUGCAGAGGCUUAAAAGUGAAGUGCGGCCACACUCCCCGUUGCGAGCACAGUCUCCAUCCAGGUUGCCAGCGAGAGCUGACUCACCAGUUGGGUCUCCAUUAGAAGCCACACAAGCAGAUAAACAAAGUGGACGAGCAUCAGCAGCUGCCGCUAAUCAGCCUCAAGGGUCAGAGAAUUCAUUGUUCCAAACUAGCCCCCAAACAUUUUCAUCGCAGCCACAUAGUCGAUCAAAAUUGGGAAAUUCCCAAAGGCCUUCGGGUUAUAUUUCUAUACCCGUGAUUCAUGAAGGGAUUGGAGGAAAGCCAACUCAACAAGUGUAUCCCCCUGCUCAUCAUGCACAGUAUGCAAGCCAGCAAAGCCAGCACCCAGUGCAACAAGCUCAGUACCCAACACAGCAAGCCCAGCACCCAGUGCAACAAGCUCAGUACCCAACACAGCAAACCCAGCACCCAGUGCAACAAGCCCAAUACCCAACACAGCAAACCCGUCACCCCGUACACCAGGCAGACUACCCCCCUGUACAGCAAGUGCAUCACCCUGUGCACCAAGCGCAGUACCCAAGCCAGCAGGUCUAUCAUCCCGCCCAGCAAGUACAAUAUCCUUCCCAGCCAACAGAGUACACAGUCCAGCAGCAGCACCCGGCUGCCUACAGAGUUUCUCCUGAUGACUGGGGAACAACCAGAGCUGGUGCACAUUCACCACUAAGAAAGACUCAAAAGGAAGCAUCAAGCCGUGAGAGCUCUCCAGCUCGGAUGCCGACCCAGGUCCGAUCACAGUCACCUAUUUACACCAGCACAGGGGUGGACAGACCACAGGUUGCCCAGCAACGGGUAGAGCAUCAAGAGACACCCAAAAUGCAACAGGAGAGCAAGCCUACUUCCUCAGGCCCCGAGCGUCCGGCAGCAUAUAUCCCAAUUCAUGUCACCAGGCAGCAACCCCAUAAAGCUCAGCCUAAGCCUGAGAAAGCUGAGAGGAGUACCCCAUCACCCGCAUCAGGCAGUGCCCAGCCGGAAGAGAGUGUGCCUGAGAAAAAGCCUGUUGCUCCCGAUGCUGUUCAGAAACAUCCUGGCCUGAUAAAGGUAGAGAAAAUCCUUAAGAGAGUUCAUAGGCUUGAGGAAGACGUCAGUUUAUUCGAAGGAAGAGGAACAGAUAAACACUACUUGUUGAUUGAAGAAAUGCUGACCAAGGAGCUUCUGGCCCUUGACUCUGUGGAUCCUGAGGGCCGGAUUGACGUGCGUCAAGCCAGAAGAGAUGGCGUGAAGAAGGUUCAAAACCUUCUAGAAAGGUUGGAGCAAAAAGCCAGUAUGGGCCCAGAAGACAAAAGCUUUUCUGAGCCUCAGCCAGCAAACACUGAAGGAACAACUCAGAUGGAUUCUAUAGCAGAAAAUAAAAGCCACACUACAACCUCCACACAAGAAGCAGAAAUGGAAACUGACCAAAGUAAAAUCAGCCCAAGGAAACCAAGCGAUGCUUGCAACAUUAAAGAUAUUUCAGAUAAAAAUGAACAUUAAUCCUUCAAGGUCAAAAGUGGACAGUGUUGUGAUGCUUUAAGAAUGCAUGCCACCAGGAAACCUUCUCAUAGUUUGCUGCCCCGGUGUUAUUUUCUGCCAUCAAUAUGGGGAGGGAAAAUGUGAUAACAGAACUUUAUCUGUUGAGCCUUGGAGGGCAUCACUUACUUGGAACUAACGUAAAAAAAAAUCAUCCAUGGUUUGUUAACGAACUGUUAAUCACAUGUUAAGCACGCCUCUGAUUUGCAAUGUUUCCUAUGUACCAUCUCCUUUAAGAUUAACAUAGCCAAAAUAACAUAUGUAUGCCACAUGGUGAGUGAGAAAUCUUUAUGAAUUACAGAGUUACAACUAAGUUAUACACAUUAUAUUUUGCCUGUGAAGUAAAGUGUCAGUUUGUCACUGUUGGACACUUUAUGAAAAAAUGUUUUAAGAGAUUGAUGAGAAUUUGAGUAGAGCCAUAUAGAUAAAAGUUUCUAUAUUGUGUAAAGGAAGCAAUAAAUUUGCAUUGCAUUUGCAUCGUGCAAUAAUUCUGUUUUAUAAAUAAUCAGAAAUCAAUACCAGCUAAUAUAUUUUGCUUCCAGAGAGUAAUUUGCUUUCCAAAUAUAGUGGGUUUUAAUGUACAAGAAAUAUAGUACUCAUUUUUUUGAAGACUAUUUAACUAUGCUGCAUUUCAAUCUUUCCUGUGAACAGGUGCUUGAACAAGCUCAUUUGAUAAUCUAUUUUGUUUUGAAAUGCCAUUGUGUGUCUGACAUUUGUGGAACUGGCAGGGGUGCAGGUCAGGUAGAUUUGUAUCAUUAAAGACAAAUAUUGAGAGGACUUUAAUGUCAUUAACAUGCUUGAAAGAGUUGCAUGUUAAAAGGGGGUUUUGUUAAGAAGUCUUUAAAAGUGUUACUUGAAGCUCAUAGGUUACAGUAGUGUGAAGUAGGACAAGAAUCAGAGAGAACAUAUAUUUUUAGAUAAUUGCACAAUUUUAGUCAUAUUUAAAGAUAAAAUAUGUGACAUUAAUACAUACAUUUAUGCAGACCUAAAAGUAAGAACCGUUAUAACAUUGCAUUCUAUACCCAGUUUCAUUAUGCACAUCUACAGUUCACACUUAAGAAAUAUUUUAUUGGCUAACAAUUGCUGAUUAGAUUAAUGUAACCAAAGAUAGUGAUCCAGAAAUAAAAUGUCUAAUAAAUUAUGGUGUGAUGAUAUUGAAGCUGGAACGGUUUUGAAAGCAUUUAGGUUGGCAGUUAAGAGUCUGAGACAAUUCUUCUUACAUAUCGCUCCGGUGUUGCUGGCUGUAAUUUUAAAUAUGAGCCACAAGAACUUCAUUUGUCUGAAGAAGGGUCCCGAUCGGAAACAUUGCAUAUCUGUAUCCUCCAGAGAUACUGCCUGACCCGCUGAGUUCCUCCAGCACCUUUCUGAUUCACCAAGCACACCAGUAAAAAGACUGUGGUGCCUCAAAUGUUCAAACGAGGCUUUGAUUAGGUAUUUGGGAUCCAAUCUGCAGUUUCAAUUUGGGAAUGCCAAGGGAACUGUGGUUGCUGGAGCUGAAGCCAAAGCCAUUUCUUCGUGAGCCAGAACAGUAUAAACAAAGUGAAAAUGCUUCAAAAGAAUUCAGAAGCUACAAGGAGAUGUAAAAUUGAGGAAAAUCGUGAAUUGAAAUGAAAAGUUUGGAUUUCCUCUACUCCUCACCAAACCUCUCCCCCCCCCCCAUCCAUCCCCUUGGACAUUAGGUGGCUACCUCCAACGAGCAUGAUCUUAACAGGCGGGUAGCUAUGUCCCGCCAAAUUCCAGGCUGUUUUGUUCAUACUGUUGGCAAGCAGCUAGCAUGUGAGUUCCAGCCGUUAAAAAUCAACCGAUGAUCAGCCAGCGGGAAGCUUUGCUGCAUUCCCAGUCGGAAUGAGAUGUCUUGUAGGUGGCAGGAACCCUUUUAAUCUGGCCACUCCCAGCAGACCAGAGCAAAUACAUCUACUUGUUAUAAGGAGGUGCUUCGUUUAGAAGUGUACAAUCAUUUAAAAUAUAGUAUAUAUUAUGCUGAAUUAAAAUGCUUUGGCAAGAAUGGCUUAUAUAUACAUUUUCAAACACAUUUUAUAAAUCACAUCAGCAUGCAUGAUCAUGCUGUUAGCAGGUGACAACAUUUUAAUGCAUUUGACACAUGGCUUUUACUCCCAUUGCAGACAGAAAGAUCUUGCCAAAAAAGCUCUAUAUGGAGACAAGGCCUAUAUUUUUUAAGAAAGCAGCUCUCUUGGAAAACACAGCACACUAAUCUUCCUACUUACUCUUUGUACCCACUGACUGAACCUGUGCCAAGCGCAUGACCAUUUAUACUUCACUGCGGAAAGUCCAAACCUUCCAUAUCUACUAGACUCACAAGACCAGACUGGAAAAAGAUAUGAUUGGUCACAAUUGAUCUUUUCUGUCUGGUUUGAUGCAAUGGAUACUGGUUUUUCUCAAGCAACAAAAUAAACUGAACAGAUAAAUAGAUGAUCACAUUUAAAUCUACUCAUGUGUCAUUUCACUUCUAAAUAAUGUAUGACAACCUGAAUGCUUGGAGAUAUUUGGCAGAUGUGAUAAUGGAUGGCAUAAAUGCAUGUUUUUACGUGUAUGAAUGAAUGCCUUAAGGAAAAAAGAGCACAAGCCAACAUUCAGCAUGUUGCCCCGUCUCCUAACUUUAGUUUCUUUCAACCACGAUACAUAUUAAUUAUCAUUUAAUAAACUGAAAAUUAGAAAGAUCGAUUUUCCUCAGGCAAAAUCAAAGGUCAAUCAAUGAUGGUAAAUACUUUGUAAUUUUGAAGGAAAUCGGAACUAAUAAAAAUAUGUUUCAUUUAGUUUAGUUUAUUAUUGUCACGUGCUCUGAGGUACACUGAAAAGCUUUUUUUUGCAUGGUAUCAGUUAAUGAAAUGACUGUACAUAAAUAAAUUCAAGCCAUUAACAGUGCACAGAUAAAGGAUACAAGGUACAACAUUUGAUGCACUAUAUAUUAAAGUCCGAUAAAGGUCAAUUGAAGAUAGUUCAAAGGUUUCCAAUGAGGUGGAUGGGAUGUUAGGAUGCAUUCUAGCAAAUGAGAGGACCGUUCAGUUGCCCGAUAACUGGGAAAAAACACCCUGAAACUGGAGGAACACAUUUUCAAACUUAUGUACCUCUUGCCUGAAGGGUGAGGGGAGAUGAGAGAAUGACUGGAGUGAGACUGGUUCUUGAUUAUGUUAAACAGGUUACGUAUUGAUGAACAUGAUGUGGCUCUUCAAGAAAAAAUAAAAUGAUGCCUUAAUGUAUGCCAAAAAUAUUUAUACCUCCAAUCCAAAUCAUUGAUAGUAUGCUAAUAGUGUUAACACUUUAUUAGAUCGAAAGAAAAAAUGGUAAGCCUUACAUUUAAACCAUACAUUUCACAUCAUCAGUACUGUAUAUUCCAAAAUGUUGCUCAGUCAAGAUUAAAUAUUUCUGAGGAGGAAUCUCCUUUGUAAUCAGCAAAUUAUCUUAUUUUAGUUGUGUUGAAGAGUGAGUAUUGGCAAAGACACAGGAAGAAACUUCCUUGAUUUGAUCAAGAUAACAGCAUUCUUAUGUCCACUUCUGGAGAUAAGGCUGUGGUUUACAGCCUAAGCAGUAAGAUGACAAUUCCAAGCACACGGUACCCUCAUUUGCCGGGGCUAUUAUUUACAAAUAUUUUUUGGUUGAUCUAACAUUUUGAUGUUUCAAUUUCCAGUAUCUAUGAUGCUAUUUAUAUUAGUUUUAUAGUGUUUCAACCUCCAGGCCAAAUUCUGUUCUCAAAAUCUAAGCAAUUAAGUUGUUGCAGCAAUAUGAGAUUGCAGAUCUCACAGUUUCUCUUGCUGUAAUGUUAAAAAUAACCAUGCACUAGAAAAUCUUUUUUGUACUAUGCUUGUCAAAUGGUUUCACUCGCACUUUGCUGACUGAAUGCAAAGAUCAGCAUGUUGUUUCAUUUCUGUGCAGAAACUGUCUCAUUCGAAAAUAAAGAAUAAUUCAUAACA